AUGGAGAGUUGGUCGAUGCCAAAGACCAUUAAAGGCUUGAGAGGACUCUUGGGACUCACGGGGUACUACCGUAAGUUUUUCAAAGGAUAUGGAAGUAUUGCUAGGCCACUAACAGAUCAGCUAAAAAAAGAUGCAUUUGCUUGGUCAAGUGAGGCUCAAACAGCCUUUGUUCAGCUGAAGCAUGCCAUGUGCUCGGUACCUGUUUUAGCACUUCCAAAUUUUUCAGAACCUUUUAUUCUUGAGGCGGAUGCAUCGGGAGCGGGGCUAGGGGUUGUUUUAAUGAAGAAUGGGCAACCGAUUGCUUUCUACAGCCAAGUUUUGUCAUCUCGAGCAAGCGCUAAAUCAGUCUACGAGAGGGAACUCAUGGCGAUUGUGUUGGCAAUUCAAAAUCAAAAAUGGUGGCCUUACUUGUUGGGGCGUAAGUUUUUGGUACGCACGGAUCAACGGAGUUUAAAGUAUUUAUUGGAACAAAGGCUAAAAUGGCUUACAAAACUCCUAGGAUAUGACUUCGCUAUACAAUAUAGGUCGGGCUUAGAGAAUAAGGCUGCAGUUGCAUUAUCACGGGUUCAUUGCGAGGCUUCUCUCGCUGCCAUUUCAAUUCCAAAUAUCUUGUCUAUUCCAGACCUUCAAGCUCAUGUAGCCGCUAAUCCUAUGUUGGCCAAAGUCAUAAAAUAUUUGUCUUUAGGACAGGAAUGUGGCGGGUUCUCUUUGGUGCAAGGGUGCCUCAAGUUUCGAGAUCUAUAUUGGCGUGGGAUGCGCAAAGAUGUUCAGCAUUUUGUGGCAGAAUGUGCCAUCUGCCAUCAGCACAAGUACCUUACCCAGUCUCCAACGGGUUUGUUACAACCUUUACCGGUGCCGGAGCAAGUUUGGGAAGAUAUUUCGAUGGACUUCAUCGAGGGCUUGCCACUUUCGAAUGGAUUUGACUCCAUUUUGGUUGUAGUGGACAGGUUGAGCAAGUAUGGACACUUUAUACCAUUACGGCAUCCUUUUUCAGCAGUGACGGUCGCAAUGGUGUUUGUUAGGGAGGUGGUUAAGCUCCACGGUAUGCCUCGCUCCAUUGUGUUGGAUAGGGACAAGAUUUUUAUCAGCUUAUUCUUGAAAGAAUUAUUCAGGUUGCAAGGGACGCAGAAGAUGAAGAUUCAGGCUGACCGCAAGCGCCGGGAUGUGCAGUAUAAUGUGGGAGACUUGGUCUAUGUGAAGUUGAGGCCUUAUCGACAGCCUCGCAGUGGACCUGUUGCCAGUCUUCAGCUGCCACCUGAAUCAACUAUACACCCGGUGUUCCACGUUUCACUUCUUCGAGCUGCUUUGGGCCCAAAUCAGCAGGCUACUACAUUCCCUCCAAGACUUACAGCUAAAUUGGAAUGGCUUUUGGAGCCUGAAUCCGUGCUUGAAGUCGGGCUAGGCACUCCUAAGGAACCUCCCCAAGCUCUCAUUAAGUGGAAAAAUCUGCCAGCCUUGAGGCCACUUGGGAAGAAUUUCAGGUCAUCUAGGACCAAUUUCCCCAUUUCCACCUUGAGGACAAGGUGA